AGCUUCAAAAAUUAUUCGAUAACAACUGGUAAAAGUCAAGUAUAUACAGUCUCUUUCAUUCAUCUAAGUGUGUGCAAAAAGUCCGUUUUCCCUGUUUUUCGUUAUUACACCCCAACUCUCAAGUUGUCACCCGCAACCUUCACGAGUCCAAGUUUGACAGGCGGCUAUGUCUUCUCCUAGCGACAACGAAGAGAUGAGCCCAGAUGGCAUCAAUUCGAUCUACCAUGUUCGGAGGGCUGAACAAAUUCUUGCAGCUGGCAAACGAAAGAAGGAAGCCAAGCUGAAGGCCAUCGAGAAAGAGUACACACAGAGAGUCGAGAAGGCACACACCAGCUUUCAGGAAUUCCUUCAGGCUCAUAAUGUAAGGGUCUCGGAAGCUCAGAAUGCGCAAAUGAAAAGCCUCAACCACGCCCUCCAUAAACGCCAAGAUGUGGAAAUCGACAUCUGGAAGCAACUCAAGGCUCUCGAGAAGUCAAGAAGAGCACUCGCAAAGCUUCUGAUCGAGGUGUGCCAUGCGCGCUUGGAAUCUACGGCCGAGAUCGGUACGACAGGACGCGUGGCAGAGAAGGCACCCAAGCUGUGACCAGAGGCGGCCGGAAAACUCCCACACUCUAUAUUGCUAUACAAACUUUGCUAAAUUCACCAACAUACGUAAGAAAGAUAUGCAUACGGGAGAGGACUCUUUAGGAAUGCGAUUACUAUAUGAAUACACGGCCUGGACGUCAAAUUGUGGGCUUGUUUUGCAUCACAACCUGUGAUAAUAGAGCUGCU